AUGUCUUACCCAGUCGACGAGUCGCCAAUCAUACUCCCGGGAACAGCGCAGCCCAUGAUCGGGCCGGGCUCCGCCACCGCGGAUCAGGCAAGUGUAGUCUCCGGUGGCAAGCUUGGUGGCAAAGGGGGUGCGGGGAGAGGCAAGGGGAAAGGCAAGCGCGGUGGUAAAACGGGGGGAAAGGCGGGGCGCCGAGAUAAGAUGUCGCGCUCAGUCCGCGCGGAUUUGCGAUUUCCUGUCGGCCGCGUGCACUCGCGGCUAAAGGAGGGCCUUUUUCGCCAACAACGUUGCGGCGCGUCCGCGGCCAUCUACUGUGCAGCGUUGCUGGAGUAUUUAACAUCUGAGGUAAUCGAGCUUGCCGGUGCUGCCGCGAAGGCACAGAAGACGGAGCGAAUCAAGCCAAGGCACAUCUUACUUGCCAUUCGCGGUGACGAGGAGCUUAACCGCCUAGUAGAUGCCGUUAUCUCACGCGGUGGUGUGAUGCCAAAUCUGCACAAAGCCUUGGAGAAGAAAUCCAAAAAAAAGAGCUCCAAACGGGCGGUUUAG